CGGUGCCUCCCAAAUUGAAGGAAAUGAAAAACCAAGAGGCUGCUGUGGGUCAGAAGCUAGUGCUAAGGUGUGAAACCACUUCAGAGUACCCUGCGCUCAGAUUCAAAUGGUUGAAGAAUGGAAAGGAAAUAACCAAAAAAAACAGACCGGAAAAUAUCAAGAUCCCAAAAAAACAAAAGAAAUACUCUGAGCUUCACAUUUACAGAGCCACGUUGGCUGACGCUGGGGAAUACGCAUGCAGAGUGAGCAGCAAACUAGGGAAUGACAGUACUAAAGCCAGUGUUAUCAUCACGGACACCAAUGGUGAUAGUUUCUUGGAGGACCAGGAAGAAGGUAAAAAACAGAGCAGUUUUAAGAAACAAAAAGUCAGUUUAUCCAUUGGAUUUCCCUGUGUCCUUGACCAUGUGUGCCUGCAUGCCUUUGAGGUCCCAGACCAUGGCCUUACCUUCUACACACCUGAUUCCUACUCUGCCAUCUGUGGACCAAGUAACAGAGGUCUCAGAUACUCCCCUUUUCUCAAGAGAGCACCAGCAAGAUACCAGUAUCAACAGAAGGAACAAAAACUUCUUCAC